AUGGUCAAGAAGCGGGCGAACAACGGUCGUAACAAGAACGGCCGCGGCCACGUCAACCCGGUGCGCUGCUCCAACUGCGCCCGUUGCGUUCCCAAGGACAAGGCCAUCAAGCGAUUCACCAUCCGCAACAUGGUCGAGUCUGCCGCCAUCCGUGAUAUCUCCGAUGCCUCCGUCUUCGCCGAGUACUCUGUCCCCAAGAUGUACCUCAAGCUCCAGUACUGCGUUUCCUGCGCUAUCCACGGCAAGAUCGUCCGUGUCCGUUCCCGCGAAGGCCGCCGCAACCGUGCCCCCCCUCCCCGUCUCCGCUACAACAAGGACGGCAAGAAGAUCCAGCCCCCCCAGGCCGCUAAGGCUCUGUAA